AUUUUAGAAAUCAAAAUGUCUCUGUUGUUGCUGAAACUCCACCCUCAUCUCACAGCGCUACUUCACAUCCACCCACUACACCCUUAUACUCAUCUGAGCGCAGCUGAUCUCUGUGACAAGAUCUCCAGCAGGCCUAUGCAACUGCUCAUUAAGAUGGGAAGAUACUUACUUGGAAUACUUGUACUUAUGAAAUACUGCAUUUGCGGUGACGUGGUGAACUUUGAUGGAGACAUUAAGGACUUUGUAGUCGCUAACAGUAAGUUAUUUGUUCUUACUGAACAUCGACUGCAUCAGAUGAGACACGAUCUAUAUGAGGAGAAGAGCAAAGACAUCACUGACGUCCCUCAGAAUAACAGAGUCAACAUUCUGGUGCCUUUUGAUGAGAACCGCACCCUGAUAACGUGUGGGACUUUUAAAGAGGGACAUUGUGAAGUUCUUGAUAUAAAUGACAUUACGAACAGUAUUUAUUAUGAAAAUGGUGUACCGCUAAAGUCACAACAGAAGAAAAUUGUUGCCUUCAUAGCCGGUAGAUUCCUUUUGGUUGGAAAAAAAGAAGACAACGCAAAAGACAGGUAUUCUGUUGUUAGUUUGGUGAACACUUUACAGACUCAAUCAGGUGGGAUUUUCUCAAUAUCAGCAGAUGGAUCAGAGGCCAUCAUUCAGAGCACAGUGAGAGAUGUGGAGUUUGUUGAUGGAUUUCAGAGAGUUUCUUCCUCAGAAUCCUAUUUGUUUCUCAACGCAGAGACUGACUCUGGAAGGAAAGUGAUUGUCUUGUGGAUGAACAGCUCUGAAGUAAAAAAGAUAGACAUAAUCAAAUCUCUCCGGUCUUCAACGAUACGAUGCUGCAGUGAUAAAACUCGUCCAGUGCUCGUCGCCUCCACCGUUAUUCCCUCAGAGACUGAUGUUAUUUGGGCAGGUGUGUUCAGUUCACAGGAUCAGCAGGAUCCGGAGAACAGCGCUCUGGCUCUGUACGACAUCAGUAAAGUUCAAGGCACAGUGAAGGGCUUCUGUGCUAAUGGUGAAAAACCUUGUGGAUCUGAGAGUGGCAGUGAACUUCAGCCUCUCUCUGUGGUGUUUAAGUACAGCUCAAUGUCAGCAGUGACAGCAAUGAGAGCUGGAUCCUGGACUGUGCUGUUCAUAGGAACCAGUGAUGGACAACUCAUCAGGCUGAUGUUGGAUGAGAGAUUCACGCCAGGCUGUCCAACAGUGCUGUUCAAAUCUGAUGACGAACGAGCAGUGCUUCCCAGAAUGCACUUUGAUCCAGUAGAUUUCAAACAUGUCUACAUCGCUCUGAGGAAACAGUUAAGAAGAGUGUCUAUGGUUAAGUGUGCUAAAUACAGCAAUCUGAGAAAGUGCAGCGCUGCUCCGGAUCCUCUCUGCGGCUGGUGUGUGAAAACACAGAGAUGCUCCACCCAAGACGAAUGUUCAAAAUCUUCAUGGGUGUUCACCCCAAAAGACUCCCUUCAGAAACUGCUGUUUUCUUUUCAGGUUUGGGCAGAGAAAUCUUCCGGCAAGAUUACUCUACAUCUUUCCUUGCGUCUGGAGAGCACAGAAAACCCCACCUUCUCAUGCACCUUCACCACGGGAAGUGGUAACCUGUGUGGCAAGUCUGAUCUGGACGCAGUUUUCCCAAACUGCUACUGUAGUUUUUCUGACCAGCUGCUAUCUACUGGAGGUUUAAAGAUCUCAGCUGAAGUGGCUGUUGGGGGUCAGAAAAUCACAGAGAAGCUGGUGCUGAAAAACUGCCUGGAUAUCAAAGAUAAUUUGCCAAGUGCUUCUUAUAUACAGUGUGUUCAGUGUGUCUCAUCUGGGUGUCACUGGUCCUCUUCCUCUCAGCGUUGUGAUUGGACACACGGACCUGGAGCACAGUUAAACAUACAGGAUUCGUGUAAUAAUGUGCUCUAUGAGAUGAAAUAUGAAGAACCAGAGAUUUUCUCCCUGGAGCCCAACAAGGUUUCUUUCCAUGGCAGAAACAAUGUUUCACUAAAAGGAAGAUAUCUGGGAUCUGUUACUAAAAUCCGUAUUCAAGGGGAUCUAGAGUGCAUUCCUAAAGAAUCUCCGGUGUUUGAUCGCUCCAGUGAUACUUUAAGGUUCCACAUUCCUCCCAGCGGAACUAAAGGAACAGUGAAAGUGUGUGUUGUUACUCCUGACGACCGUUGUCAUGGUAACAGCAUCAUCACUUACACUUCUCAGCCCAGCUGCACUGGAAUACAGCCCCCGGUCACCUGGAGGAGUGGUGGAAGAAAGAUUCACAUUAUGGGAAGCAAUCUGGAAUUUGUGGAAUCACUUACUUUCAAUUCCAGUUAUGCACAGUAUUACUUUGAAACAAACUACAAUGCAAGCUCGGGGGACAUGUGGUUUUACUCCCCUGAUUACUAUUAUUAUCAUUGUUAUGAUGGUUUUACUUUAAGUUUAAUUGUUGGGAACACCACUGUGGACUGUGUGGGUGAUUUGUCCUUCAUGUUUGAUCCAGAAUUUACUGGAUUCACCACCUUACAGGUGGCCGAUGAUCUGCAGGUGAACAUUAAGAAAAAGACAGAUGAGCUGAAUUUGAGUAUGACCGAGGUGACUGUGACGGGUCUACAGGGAGAUCAGCAGUAUCAGUGUGUUCUGGAUAGGAUUGAGUCCAAUGCUGUUAUCUGUAAGAUUAAAGGAGAAUCAGGAGCCGUCCCAACACUGGACUCACUCACUAUCCGUGUUGGGGAUUAUAACACUUUCCAAAGUCAAGAAAGACCAGCGUUUUUGCUUUUUUUUGCCUUGGCAUUUUCUUUCAUAUUCUUAUUGUUUUUUCUUAUCUUUUGCAUUUUAUUAUUUAUUUUUCGGGUUUAACGUAAUAUCUUAUCUGUUCUCCAGACAGCAGGUGGCGCAAUAUACUUACAUAUUCUGUAAUAUGCUGCAAAAACAUAGCCGUUCAAAGUUCUUACAGAGAUAUAGUCUGGUAGUUAUCACUGUAUUACAAUUAUUUUUGCAUUAGAAGGCUUUUGAUCUCAUUGUUCUCUUAUUAACCUAAUGUUU